GAUCACACUGAGUUCCUCACACUGCGCUUCUGCUUUCAGAGUUGAAGAAAUCCCAUGAAUAUUCUCAAGUGCACAUGAACUGCGGUCACUCUGUGAGAGGACACUCUGGACUCCGGCAUGUGACUGAGCUGAAAGAUGACUUUACUGGCAGGCGAUGGUUCGGAUUAUGACUACAGUGCCCUGAGCUGCACCUCCGACACCUCUCUGAACGCUCCACCUGUCCACGAGCAGGAGGCCCUCAAGGGGGUUUAUUACAAACGGGCGCAGCGACUGCCUCCAACCGACCCAAACUUCUCAGAUGCCCUGCAUCCUGACACCAACCUGCCGUCCUGCGCCCAGAGGCUACAUGUCAUCAUCAAUGUGGGCGGCCUGCGCUACCAGUUCCCCUGGACCACUCUGGAGGAUUUCCCCCUAUCACGUUUGGGACAGUUGCGUCUGUGCAGUACUUUCGAUGAAAUCAUGCACAUAUGCGACGAUUAUGACGUGGUCCACAACGAGUUCUUUUUUGACCGGAGUCCCUGUGCCUUUCGCACCAUCCUGACCUUCCUACGCGCCGGGAAACUGCGCUCUCUGCGGGAGAUGUGCGCUCUGUCCUUCCAGGAGGAGCUGCUUUACUGGGGUGUCCCAGAGGAGAGUCUGGAGUGGUGCUGUCGGCGGAGGCUCCUGCAGCGGGUGGAGGAGUGUGAUGAGCUGGAGCGCGUGGCGGAGGAGGACGAGGAGGAUGAAGACGACAGCGAGAGCGGUUUGGCCAGAGAGUCUCGUCUGGGACGCUGCAUGGGGAAACUGAGGGACAUGGUGGAGAAACCACAUUCAGGGCUGCCAGGGAAGAUCUUCGCCUGUCUGUCGGUCCUGUUUGUCACAAUAACUGCCAUCAAUCUGUCCAUAAGCACCAUGCCUGCCAUGAGAGAGGAGGAGGAGACUGGCAAAUGCUCUCAGAUGUGCUACAACAUCUUCAUUGUGGAGACGGUGUGCGUGGCUUGGUUCUCGCUGGAGUUCACUCUGCGCUUCAUCCAGGACCGCAGCAAGCUUGCCUUCCUCCGUCGGCCACUCAACCUAAUCGACGUCAUCGCCAUCUUGCCCUACUACAUCACACUGGUGGUGGACAGCACCUCCACGGGGGAGAAGCGGCUGGGCUCGGGCAGCAGUUACCUGGACAAAGUGGGCCUUGUGCUACGUGUUCUGCGGGCACUGCGGAUCCUCUACGUUAUGCGUCUGGCAAGACACUCACUAGGACUCCAAACGCUUGGUUUGACAGCACGUAGAUGUACACGGGAGUUUGGUUUACUCCUGCUAUUCCUCUGUGUCGCUAUAGCUCUUUUUUCCCCACUGCUCUACCUGAUUGAAAACGAAGCCGCAGCCACUAGGGAGUUUAGCAGCAUCCCUGCCACAUACUGGUGGGCUGUUAUUACAAUGACCACAGUUGGUUAUGGAGAUAUGGUGCCGCGCAGUAUCCCAGGACAGGUUGUGGCGCUUAGCAGUAUCCUCAGUGGGAUCCUGCUCAUGGCGUUCCCGGUAACCUCCAUCUUCCACACUUUCUCCCGCUCCUACGUAGAGCUCAAGCAGGAACAACAGCGGCUGCUCCAACGCAGGACUCACUUCCUACUGCGCAGCCGCAUCGCAGGUCUGGGCAGCGACCUGUCUUUGGAAAGCGACGUGCUGUUUCCUAGUGUGUCGUCUGAACAUAGAAACCGAGAGGAGUAGACGUACAGGAUUGGGGAUGUGUGGAAUAUGACGCAGCUUCUAUUUUUUUUUUAUAUAUCUUGAGUAUUUUUUUUGCGUAUUAUUCGACAACUGUUAUUUUAAAGACAUGCUCAGUUCUGAACCAUCCAGUAGAGUUUAGAGUGUCCCUAUUAUGUAGAGAGAUAGUGAUUCACUCAGAUCACAUUUGAUUCAUUAUUUUGAUUUCACCA